AAAAAACAAUUAUAAAAGUUCUGUUAGGUUCUUAUUAGCAGUCGGCGACCUUUUCUUUUUAACUUACUAUGGCUAUGGUUACAAACAGCGAAAUCACUAUGUUGAACAAUCUCAAACCAUAUAAAACUACUUGGAAGGUUGAAGUGAAAGUUCUUCAUUCGUGGACACAACAUUCAAACUAUUCUGGAGAAGACACUUUCGAGUUCAUACUUGAAGAUAGGAUGGGAUCUGAGAUACAUUGUACCUGUAAGAGUGCCUUCCUUGGCCGUGUUAAGAACUUACAGGUUGAUCAAUGGAAGUUCCUCGAGAAUUUCUUGGUUUACCCAGCAACCGGGAUAUACAGACCAACUAGGCAUCUAUACAAGAUGUCCAUCACAGCGAAUUCCAUUGUCACCAGUUCCACUCUAACUACCUGCGAGGUUCGUUUGGUUGAUCAACACACUGAGAGUUCAUCUGAAGAUGUUUCAGCAUCUUUCUCUAAGCGCAAGGAAAGAGAUGGUGAUCUUAAUGACAUAAAUUCUACAUCCAACAAGUUAUGUGCUAUGAAUAUCAAUGGAGAAGAAAAAAUAAGAUUAGUUAUGUGA